AAUUAAUUCACGACAAUUUGCAUUAAAAACAAGCAGCAGUAGAAGCAAGCUCAAUGGCAUUUUUCUUCCAUUUAUAUCGACAUUCGUUCGAAUUCUCGCGACUUCUUACGGACGUUAUUGUCCAUUUUAUUAUCUUUUCUUUUUCAUUCCAUCGCAUCGUUUGAAAAAGGAAAAAAGGAGAAAAAGACUAAAUAAAUCACUAUAAGGGCUAUUGUACUGAAAGAUGGCCGUAUGUUCGUUCUCUUUCGCAAGCUGUGUUAUUACUGCUAUAUAAGUCUAGUUGUGUGUACGUAUACUUAUAUACACACAUGACAAUCGACCCGUCCUACUUUCGCACUUAUACACAGAAAGAGCUUAUGUAUACAUAUAUAUAUAUAUAUAUAUGGUACACGCUAGGCGCUAGCUCGACGUAUGCGCGGCCGCCUGCACCACCGCGCUCUUCAUUCACGGAAACCCGUUCGGUGAACGCUGAGCGUGGAGUAGUGCUCGGUGCACUGCAGAGCCGGCACUUUGCACAAACUUUGUUUACUUGCAACGAGACUUGCCGCAAUAUACGUGCAGCAGGCACACUUACACAGACACAAGUAUAUUCGGCCUGAGCGAUGCGCUACUGCUGCACUUUAUAUUAUAUGCAUGAAAGAGGCUAUUUUUAGACAGCUACGUCUUGCUGCUGAUGCUGCUGCUGCUGCAGCGUGGAUCGCGUCGUUUACGUACGACGACGGUUGUACGAACAGCUCGACUUGUAAUUGUUGCGCUUAUGCUGGUGAACGAAUUUUCCAGGAAUCUCAUCGAUCGUUAAAUGGACUCGUUUUAGAACUAUUCAAAAUGAUCUGAUAAUGAAUUUCGAACGAAAUAACACGCUUUGACCUGCUUUUACCCAAAACACGUAUAGAAUUUGUGUUUACCAACACAAACGUAUCGGGCGAUGGGAAUCUUGGACUUUCACCCAAUUUUCACCAAAUUUCUUAUAGAAAAUAGUAAAAGCGCAUCUAGCCGUUGAAAAAUGUCUACGCAUUUUUUUUAACGAUUUUUACGCAUUGUACUUUAUACUUGUGACCCACGUUGCGAGUAAUAAUUCAUUAAGAGCCGAUUGUUUAUGUUUGCGCUAGCGUCAAAACAAAGGCGAAACAAUUCAUUGCAUUGCCACAGUUCGGCAGCAUUUAUAUGCAACGAUGUCAAGUUGCUAUGAAAAUAAACAAUAACAGUAUUCUAUUGUACUCGCUCAUUCAUUGAUGACUAAUGUUGAUCGAUACGAUUGUAAACAAUAACAAACCCGAGCGAGCUGCUUAGUAUCGACCCCUACAUUUGGAGCAACAAAGCUACAAACCGUCGAUAAAGUAGAUGCCUCUCUUACCAAACUAGCCCGAUGUAAACAAACUUUCUAGCCUACCGGCUGUGCACAGAAGAUCGUCUGCUUUUCAAACAGAUCACGUGGGUAGUAUGCAGUUUAGCAUCGAUGCAAAGCAGUAGAAAAGCAGAAGACACUGUCAUACGGGGCAAAUACAUUAAUGUGUCCUAGUUCUUACAUAAAAUACAAAAGCGUUGUCGUUGUCGUUGCGAGUGAUCGAGCUUAGAGUCCAAGUGCCAGUUUAAAUUACCAUCGAUUCUCAGUCAUCGUUUCGACAUUGAACUUUUAUUUACCAAGACUUAUCGAUGAAUUAGUGCAAAACAGAGGUUAGCUUUUUCCGCAAUGCAGAAAUUCGCUACGUAACGUGCAGGCGUGUUAAGUUUUAAAAAUACAUGGAUGCAGCUCGAACUAUGCAAAUCGGCUGUUUCAACUAUUUAUAACCAAGUAAUAUUUAUGUAUAAGUAGAUUUAUUCAAGAUGCAGACGACCAAGAUAAUUCGAAAAUUGUCCUGUCUCGGCUCGAAUAAUAUUUAUUUGAAAUCGAGCGGCAGGCUCAUAAGCAGCAACGAGUACCGGCACAAACAGGACACGCUCCUUAGGACGGAGAUGCUGGUGCAGGAAGGAAAUAGCAUUUACGAGCUGCCAAUAGUCAUACGGAAGACGAAUAUAUUGAACGACAUCUUACGCGAAACGAACGAAAUAGAAAAAGAGCUCGAUUCGUCGACCGACAAAAUCGCAGAGACGAGCAGCAGCGACGCGCAUCACGACAAGACACUGGAGAUGUACAUCAGCUCCGUGAUCGACAAGCACUUUCAGAUGAACAGCGAGGUAGCCCUGCAGUCCCUCAAGCAGAUCAUCAAUCUCGAGCGCAAGAAUCGCAAGUACUUUAAAAGCUCGCCGAGCGAGCGCGAAUGCCGCGACACCGUGAUAACUCAGCUGGUCGAGAUCAUAGUCGCCAGUCCGCAGAGCCAGAAGGUGCUCGAGGCUUUCCUCACCCUGCUCAGGGACAAGCACCAGUCGCCCAACGAUACUUACAAGAAUCUUCUCACCGACGCCGCGAUUCUGCGCUCGGCCAACGGCGACUUCAGCAUUCAGCAGCUGAUCGAUAUAAUCCGCGUGCUGCUCACUUUCAAGGGCCUCAAGCAUCAGGAAGCGAUCGAUUAUUUCUGGAUCGGCUUCGAUACGAAGCAGAAGGACAUUGGAUCGCGCUACUUGGUGCCGCUGUUCCAACUGCUGCCCUACACGAAGAGAAGCCGUGGCAGGAUGCAGUACCUGUUGGAAGAGAAACUCGCGCAAAAUUACGGCAAAUUGUCCGCCUCGCAGAUGACCGACAUCAUACGCAUAUCCACGUUCACUGCCAAGUCCCCCUCGCUACUGAAAUCGAUUGGUAAAUGGGCAAAUAUGCAUUUCAAGACGAUCACCAAGCCGGACUUGCAGACGUUCAUCGAGAGCCUGACCGCGGCUAAGUACAUAAGCUAUAGCAUCGAGCACGCCUUGGAGAUGGCUCUCGUGAAGAAAAACUUGACGGGUCGAGAUCACGCGCUCAUGUCGUCUCUGGCUGUCUACUGCCAAACUGUACAGCUGCGCAAUCCCUACAUACUCAACAGAUUCAUUCGUUAUCUGGAGAAGUACUACGCGAAUCUGCCACCCUCGUCGACCGUUCAAAUGAUCGGCCUGCUGGGCCUGCUGAACUUCGAGCUGGAGAAUCGCAAGCGCUUCUGGCAGAUGACCGAGGCUUUUUUGAAUGCGAGAUUCAUUCUGCUCGAGGCCGACGAGAUUCUGCACGUCUCGCUCACCUGUGCCUUCAUCAACAAGUACUUUCCCAAGUGUACGAGUAGGAUAUUCUCAGCCGAAUUCGUGGACAAGAUCAACGCACAAAACGGCUCGACCGUGGCUGCGAGACUCAAGGAUCAGCUGUACCUGCUGGACACAGCCAUGAGUCUGGAUUGCCCAACGAUGCACAAGAGGAGCGUGGCGUUGCCCCAGAGCAAUAAAUCGAGGCAGAACGACAACUCGGACAAGAUCGGCAAGCUCCUCGGCAGGAUCGAGGAACAUCUGUCGAAAUUCUGCGAGGCCAAGAGCCUGCGUCUCAGCAAACAAGAGAAAAACGAGAGCACGGCCAUUCUGGUGCUGCUGCCGAGCCACUACUGCUGGAACUCGGCGAAACUCAUUGGCCAUCAAGCGAUGAAAGUCCGACAUCUGCGUAAAUUAGGCUUUCGAGUGAUGCUGCUCGAUUAUCGUUACCUGCAGAGCUGCGAGCGAUAUCCCAGCGAGUUGGUGCUAUAUUUCAAGUCGCAGUACGACUCGGCUUUUGCGGCUUUAUUAUAGUUGCAUUCGAGGCCGUUAUAUGCCGCGUCAUAAAAUCACCGAAGGAGAUCGAAGUUUUGCGUUAUGUGGUCAAAGUAAGCUCCGACGCUCACAAAGCCGUCAUGCGGAUGGU